AGUAUGGUUUUAUUUUAGUAAACAUCAAACAUAAAAAUCUCCCCUUCUCUCGAGAAACUCUUCAGUUCUCGAGAAACUGUCGUAGCGAUCGGUUGUCCGGUGGUGAAGAAAAGCCAAUUUUGUGCGUAAAAUUAUUCCCCACACAGAGUUACUUGAUACGUCGUUUAUUGUGAACUGUAUAAAGAGCGAGAUAAAGGAAAAGCAUCAUCAUGGGAGGAAAAAAGCGAGUUUGUGUCAUUGGAGCUGGUACAGCAGGUCUUUGUGCUGCUAAGCACAGCAUUGCAGCAGGAAUGGAUGUGACUGUGUUUGAGCAAAUGUCCGAAGCUGGGGGUACGUGGGUUUAUUCCGAAGAUAUCGGCAAGGAUAAGUACGGUCUACAGGUGCACACGUCGAUGUAUCGUGGCCUCCGAACGAACCUGCCCAAGGAGAUUAUGGGCUAUCCGGAUUUUCCAAUUCCCGGCGAGGGAGUUUCCUACAUUCCCGCAGCUGAAAUGCUAGCCUUCCUCAAGUCCUACGCUGAAUCCUUCGGUGUAACGUCCCUUAUUAAUUUCAAUCAUCACGUUAUUCGCGUACGCCCUGUGGGACAGGUAACGGAAAACUACACGUGGGAAGUUAUGGUGAAGGAUCUGCCCAACAAUCAGCUUCUCACGCACACCUUUGACUUCAUUUUCGUCUGCAACGGGCACUAUCAUACGCCCUAUUCUCCUCGCUAUCCCGGUCAGGAUGACUACCGUGGUACCAUUACACACAGUCACGACUACCGAUGCCCAGAACCUUAUGCCGGGAAAACUGUCCUUGUUAUUGGUGCUGGACCAAGUGGCAUGGAUAUCGCCUACGAUAUCUCCAAACACGCUGAUCGUGUCACGCUCAGCCAUCAUCUUCCAGAGCCACCAAAGACCAAAUUCCCGGACAACGUUACCCAAAGACCAGAUCCGGUUAAUUUCACCGAAGAUGGGGUUGUCUUCAAGGAUGGAAGUAGUGCAACCUUCGAUGUAGUUCUCUACUGCACCGGCUAUCGCUACACCUUCCCCUUCUUGAGCGUUGAUUGCGGCAUCACCGUUGAGGAGAACUUUGUGCAACCUCUGUACAAGCAUUGCGUUAACAUCAACUACCCCACAAUGGGCUUUGCUGGGCUACCUUUCUACGUCUGUGCGUGCCAAAUGAUUGAUUUGCAGGUUCGCUUCUGUGUGAAAUUGUGGAGCGGUGGUGUCCGAAUGCCAUCUCGGAAGGAGAUGAUUGAGGAUACACAGCGUGAGAUGGAGGAGCGCUUCCAGAAGCGUGGCUACAAGAAGCGUCAUGCCCAUAUGAUGGGACCAGACCAGGGAAAAUAUUACGCAGACUUGGCGGAAUGUGCUGGACUUGUACCCCUUAAGCCCGUCAUUACGAAGCUCCACAAUGAGAGUAGCCAGAAGUUUUUGGAUGAUUUAACGAAUUUCCGGAAUGAUGUUUAUGAGAUUGUCGACGAUGAGACAUUCAUCCAAGUUAAGUAAACCGGGAUGGGGUGGGGAGCCCUAAUGACCAUGCAAUUUCAAUGAGAUCAAAUACUGUGUACAAUCUAUUCCAUAUUAUAUUUUACUUGUUAUAUUAACUAAUAAAUGUUUUACAUACAA